UCUACUCAAAACCUUAUAAAAGAUCAAUAACUUCUUGGUCAUUGUCAAACAUACAUUUUCCAUGCAUUUUGCUAAUCGAUCUUAAAUGCCAGUGACAGUUCCCAUUGGAGUUGAGGAAAAACGAAAUUAGCCCCCCAGGAAUUUCUCCUAUCAUCAUCUUUUUCUUUGUCGUGACAGACAAACAUCGAUCAAGACUCUCCUUCAAGAUUGUCCCAACUCUAUGGGGCAUUCCAACAGCUUGAGCUCCCUAGUCUCUUUGUGUAGUACUAUUUGCAGUGCCCUUGUUGUUGUUUCUGUCCUGGGCAUUGGUUCUUCCACCUAUGCCAUUGGCGGGAAGGAGGCAGACAGGCUAGCCUUGCUAGAAUUCAAGAAGGGAAUAACCCAUGACCCUUUCAUGGUUUUCAGUUCCUGGAAUAACAGCACUGGUUUUUGUCAAUGGCAGGGUGUCACAUGCGGUCACCGGCACAGAAGGGUCACGAAGUUGCGCCUGGCAGCUCAAAACCUUGUCGGAUCUAUAUCGCCUUUCAUUGGAAACUUGAGUUUUUUAAGGUUUCUGCACCUUCAAAACAAUAGCUUGAUUCAUGAAAUCCCUCCAGAAAUAGGUCGUUUGCGCAGAUUAAGGGAGUUAAGGCUGCAUAAUAAUACAAUCAGUGGAAGAAUUCCUACGAAUGUAUCUGGUUGCAUGCAUAUCGAAGUUCUCAGUCUUGCUAAUAACCACCUGGUUGGGGAAAUUCCUGUAGACCUUUCCUCCCUGUCAAAGCUGAAAAUAUUUUCUGUAGGGAACAACAGAAUAAAAGGAAUUAUCCCUCCAUUUUUUGGGAACCUAUCUUCACUUGAGGUACUUUCAGCACCCUUUAAUAAUCUUAGUGGGAGUAUUCCUCAUUCACUAGGCAACCUUAUGAAUCUUGAAUAUAUAGCACUUGGUGCUAAUUUGCUUUCUGGGACCAUCCCUUCACAAAUCUUCAAUAUCUCUUCUAUUACUAAUUUUGACGUUGGAGUUAAUCAAAUCCAUGGAAGUCUUCCGUUGGACUUGGGCAUAACCUUUCCUAAUCUCCUAAACCUUGCCCUUUCCUCGAACCAAUUUACUGGUUCCAUUCCUCCUUCAAUUUCCAAUGCCUCAAAUCUGGGUUUUCUUACAAUUGCAGGGAAUUAUUUUACUGGAAAUAUUCCUUCUUUGGAAAAGCUGCAGAAGCUUCAAUGGUUGAGCACCAGCGACAAUCUCCUCGGAAGGGGGGAAGCUGAUGACUUGAGCUUUCUCUUUUCUUUGACCAAUGCUACAAUCUUAGAGUUGUUGGCUAUAGACAGCAACAAUCUUGGUGGUGUUUUACCUAAAUACAUCAGUAACUUUUCAUCUACUCUGAAAGUAUUUUUAAUAGAAUACAAUAAUAUAGCAGGAAUUAUACCAAGUGGGAUCUCAAAUCUCUUCAACUUAGAGAGACUCUAUUUGCGGAAUAACCAAUUGUCAGGUACCAUUCCCCAUGAUCUUGGAAAGCUUCAGAAUUUGCAGGAAAUGGUUCUAAGUGACAACAAAAUCUCAGGCAACAUUCCGGAUUCUCUUGGAAAUCUAUCUCGGUUAAUCAGAUUAGAUUUAAAGAGCAACAACCUUCAGGGAAGCAUCCCUUCAAGUCUAGGCAACUGCCAAUCUUUGCUUUCAUUAGAUCUUUACAAUAACAUUCUAAGUGGCGCCAUACCUCCACAAGUCAUUGGCCUCUCUUCCUUAUCAGUCUAUCUUGAUUUGUCCCAAAAUCAUUUCACAGGUUCCCUUCCCAUUGAAGUUGGGAAUCUUAAAAACCUGGGUGCAUUGUAUCUUUCAGAAAACAUGCUAUCCGGUGAAAUUCCUAGCAGUCUUGGCAGUUGUAUUAAGCUGGAGUAUCUAGCCAUGGAAGAAAACUUCUUCCUAGGCUCCAUUCCAUCAAGUUUAGGUUCUCUGAGAGGACUUCAACAAUUAGAUCUUUCUCGAAAUAAUCUAUCAGGAAAAAUUCCAGAUUUUUUUGUGGAUUUGAAAGUUUUGGAGCUUUUGAAUCUAUCUUAUAAUAAUCUGGAGGGUCUGGUGCCUAUUGAGGGGGUUUUCAAGAACUCCACAGCAACUUCAGUUGUAGGAAACAAUCUCCUAUGUGGGGGAAUACCUGAGAUGGAGUUGCCUAAAUGCAACUUUGGGGAGCCGAAGAAGAAGAAGAAGAAAUUGACAAUAAUAUUGAUAGUUUUCGGGAUUUUAGGGACAAUGUCUGUGAUCUCUUUCUUAUUUAUCUGCUGGUUAAGAAAGAAAAGAACAGAAUCAGCUUCAAACUCUUCAGAAAAUAUGUCUUAUCAAAGUCUCUCGAAAGCCACUGGAGGGUUCUCCCCCAAUAAUUUGAUUGGUGUUGGCAGUUUUGGAUCCGUGUAUAAAGGAAUCCUUGAUGAGGGUAGAAAAACAAUUGCUGUAAAGGUUCUAAACCUUUUGCAGCGUGGAGCUGCCAAAAGCUUUCUUGCUGAAUGUGAGGCCCUGAGAAACAUCAGGCAUCGAAACCUUUUGAAGGUACUAACUGUUUGUUCAAGUGUUGAUUUUCAUGGCAAUGAUUUCAAGGCACUAGUUUAUGAGUUCAUGAUCAAUGGCAGCCUUGAGGAUUGGUUGCAUCCAGUUGCACAAGAUCAAGAUGAAGAACAUGAACACAAACCAAGAAAUCUUAAUCUUUAUAUGAGGUUGAAUAUCGCCAUUGAUGUUGCGAGCGCAUUGGAAUAUCUCCAUUAUCAUUGCCAAAUACCUAUUGUUCACUGUGAUUUGAAGCCUAGUAAUGUUCUUCUCGACGAUGAAAUGGUUGGACAUGUUGGUGACUUUGGAUUGGCAAAAUUCUCUCCUAAAGUGAACCAUAUUAUAAACUCUUCUAAUGAACAAUCAAGCUCUAUUGGCAUAAGAGGAACAAUUGGCUACACUGCUCCUGAGUAUGGUAUGGGAAAUGAGGUGUCUGUCUAUGGAGAUGUGUACAGUUAUGGGAUCCUCCUAUUGGAAAUGUUUACCAAGAAAGGACCCACAGACGGCAUGUUUCGAGGUGCUUUGGACCUACAUUCAUUUGUCAAGGUAGCUUUGCCUCAUCGAGUGAUGGAGAUUACAGAUCCAAUUCUUUUCCAGGAAAGAGAAGGAGAGAGAAACUUCGGAAGAAACAUAAUCCAGGAGUGCUUGAUUUCGAUAUUAGGGAUUGGAGUUGCUUGUUCUACAAAUCAACCUGGAGAAAGGAUGAACGUUAAAGAAGUUGUAGCACAGCUUCAUAUGAUUAAGAAAAAGCUUGUUGGAUGAU